CGCUCGUCUACUUUGCGACCACGACAAGUUCAACCGUCUUCAAUCCAAUCUACAGCCUUUCAUCACCUUACCGAACCACGCCGUUCAGGUCUUGAUUGGCGCCGACAAGCGAAUCUCUACAACAGCAAGAGAGUCAUCACCUCCACCUCCAGCAACCAUGUCUUUCCAAAAGCCUGAGAAGGAUUUCGGCGAAGGCCCGAAAAUCCACAAGAUCCGCAUCACCCUGACCUCUCGCAAAGUCCAAUCGCUGGAGAAAGUGUGCUCGGAGCUGUUGGAGCGCGCCAAAUCCAAGAACCUGCGCGUCAAGGGUCCCGUCCGCCUGCCGACCAAAACCCUCAAGGUCACCACCCGCAAGACCCCUUGCGGUGAGGGUAGCAAGACCUGGGACAUGUAUGAGAUGAGAAUCCACAAGCGUCUGAUCGAUCUCAACGCCCCGACCGAGGUUGUCAAGCAGAUCAUUAUCAACAUUGAGGCUGGUGUUGAGGUUGAGGUUACUAUUGCCGCUUAAAUGUGGGCGAUAGAUGUCAAAGACUACCCAAAGCAUGAGAUGGAAUGAGAAAAGGGAAAGCCGUGGGACUGGGAUGGUUGGAGCUCGUGGAUGUGGGUUUGCCUGUGCGCACUGCACGUGGAUCACCGGUUGCCCUCCAUUCCAUCCCGAGCUAGGGUGAUCAUGCCGUGUCCAUCAUGUGCUCGGGCAGGGUGUAGGUCUGAAACAUCGCAGAUAAGAAAUGGAAAUCCCUUGCUCAAGGUCGUUGCAAAAAUCCCGUUUCUGUUCUGAGCCUGCACUGCAAUGUCUUGCAAAUACUCGUACAAUGAUCGAUACGGCGGAGCCGCUAGUCCCAUCCGGUUUACGUUCUUUUCUGUUUGAUAUUUGGUAUCAUGCAAUGCUUGAUCUUCUCUGGACCCUGCCGCUGGCUAGAAAACUGCCUUCAAUUUUUACUAGUAGUACAGGCAAACCAAGCAUUCUGCAAUUAAUGUGCAUACGACUGUAGACAUCCCCGUCUUCAAUCAAAAAUCAUAAACACUCCA